UUUGUUGAGAAUCAGAAUGAACGGGCAUUAGAUGCUAAGGCAUUAAUUCGCUGGUUUAAUAUAUUUCCCUUCCUAAAUGAAGUGAUAUUUUUCGGCUUUGGCGCUGAGAGAGGUUUACACCUCUAUGUCAACACCGGCAUAUCAUAUUACCAUCAUCACCUCCGCAAGGAAAUAACGGGUAACGCUGCUGGUAUAUUUAUUUAUUUACCCCUCGUGCGUCCUGCAACGUUGUUGGGAAACGCGAUCGAGCCAGGCAGCGAUAUUUUACUGAUCAUGGAUUAAUGCUUGUGUGAGCUGCAUAUGAAAGAAAGGCUUCCAAUGCUGAAUAUGUCCACUCCCAGUGACCUUAAGUCUUCCUGCGUGACACGGAACGGCAUGGUCAAGCUGCCCACCCAGCCCAACGGCCUCGGUUCAGCCAGCAUCACCAAAGGCACUCCUGCUGCCAAGAACCGCCUGUGCCAGUCCUCUUCUGUGCCCACCAUCCUGCCUCCCCCUAGCCUGCCCUAUCACCUGGAGCCCCUGCCCGCAGCGGCCUCACUGCUGGGCCCUGACCUGGACACAAGCCCUGUGACGGCCAUCAAACCCCCCCUCAGGCAAUUCCCCAAGCCCCUGCUAGAGAGGCAACUGGUUCUGGACGAGAAGGUGCUGAACCGGCUCUUGUUGUACUUUACAACUGCUGAAAAGUGCAUACUCGCCCAGGUGUGCAAGACAUGGAGGAAGGUGCUCUACCAGCCCAAGUUCUGGGAGGGUGUGACACCCAUCCUGCAUGCCAAAGAACUCUACACUGUCCUGCCCAAUGGGGAGAAGGAGUUUGUUAGCCUACAGGCAUUUGCUCUAAGAGGCUUCCAGUUAUUCUGUCUAGUUGGCGUCUCUGAUUUGGACAUUUGUGAGUUCAUCGACAACUAUCCGCUGUCAAAGAAGGGAGUCAAAUCUGUCAGUCUGAAGAGGUCAACUAUUACAGAUGCAGGACUCGAGGUGAUGUUGGAACAGAUGCAGGGGCUGAUGCACCUCGAACUGUCCGGCUGCAAUGACUUCACGGAGGCCGGUCUGUGGUCCAGCCUGAACGCGCGGCUUACCUCCCUCAAUGUCAGUGAUUGCAUCAACGUAGCAGACGAUGCAAUAGCUGCCAUUUCCCAGCUCCUUCCCAACCUGUCAGAGCUCAGCCUGCAGGCCUAUCACGUGACAGACACGGCCAUGGCCUACUUCACCGCCAAACAAGGCUACACCACCCACACGCUGCGCCUGAACUCCUGCUGGGAGAUCACCAACCAUGGCAUCGUCAACAUGGUGCACAGUCUGCCCAACCUCACCUCCCUCAGCCUAUCGGGCUGCUCGAAGAUCACUGAUGAUGGUGUGGAGCUGGUGGCUGAGAAUCUAAGGAAGCUCCGGAGCCUGGAUCUGUCCUGGUGCCCACGCAUCACUGAUAUGGCCCUGGAGUACAUCGCCUGUGACCUGCACAAGCUCGAGGAGCUGGUUCUGGACCGGUGUAUGCGAAUCACAGACACAGGCAUGGGUUACUUAUCAACUAUGUCCACUCUGAGGAGUCUCUACCUGCGCUGGUGCUGUCAGGUGCAAGACUUUGGGUUACAGCAUCUGUACAGCAUGAGGAGUCUUCGCCUUCUCUCUCUAGCAGGCUGCCCUCUGCUGACCACCACUGGCCUUUCAGGCCUGAUCCAACUGCAGGAUCUUGAGGAGUUGGAACUGACUAACUGCCCCGGCGCCACUGCCGAACUCUUCAAAUACUACUCCCAGCAUAUGCCGUGCUGCAUGGUCAUCGAGUAGAGCAAAAAGCUUUACGGGCGUCGGCACAAUCCACAUCACCCAAACCUCCUCUAACAGACUGAUGAUAAACCCAACUUCAUCCUGGACCCACAGGGAGGGAAAUUGAAAAGAAGAAACUUAUGUUUUUUUUCUGGAGGGGUGAAAUGGGAUCAUUGACAUGAAAGAUGGGAAAUCUGAGAAAGGGUCGGAAGAGACCUUGACUGAUGAGCAAGAGUGAAUCUGUAAGAAGCAGAGUGGCUCAGAGGCUAGAUCUUUCAUUCAAUAACAUUACGCAUAGGAAACAUCCCCCACACAUACAUGAAACAUGUUCCUCCACUGAACUGUGAGACUAGCUUCCAUUCUACCGUGUUUUAUUUUGAAAUGACAUAGCUGUGUUGCUGAUUUUAGCUGUCUCUCAUAUCCAGAGAAGGGUAGAGAAAGGGAGAGAUAGAGGAUCCUAGAAGUCAAAGGAAAAAAGAGGUAAAAGAGCCACUGCAACUGUGUCUCUUUGCUUUUGUCCAGCAGCAUCUAUUUUUUGCUCCCCGCACUCCAUCUUGGUUUCAGAACUCUAGAGAUGGACAGCUGCGUACAUUUUCACAUCAACGCUUCUCACUUAUUGUCAUGCGGCUCUCUUUUUUGUUUUUGAAGUAUUAUUUUUGAUGAUGAGGUUUCAAACACUUAUGAAUGAGACGGAAAUCAAGGUACGGUGAAGGUACAGUAUAACAAUGUACUGUCCUUUGAAAGGAACCAGCGUCAUCAGAAGUCAGAAGGUGAUUUUUGUCCCAGGAGAAUGCUCUUUUAAAGACAUUUCCACAUAUUUCAAGUCCAGAACAUUUCGGAGAGCACGAAUGGAAUGGAACAGCUUAAUUUUUCUGUGGUUCAAAUCAACCGUGGUUUAUAAAAUAGAUAGCUUGGCUUUUUCAUCUGCCUGUUUUGUUUUAGUUCCAUUUUGAUGUCAAUUGAUAAUAGUGGCUUAUGAGGGGAUUUCCAUAUGAAUCCUGACUCAGAUGAAGAUGUGAGUGGGGCCACAUGAUGGCCUUUUACAGAAUGAAACUGAAACAUCAAUGCUAACUUGUCACUAGGCCAAACCAUUACAAAAGUGGACAGCAUGGCAGUUCUAUCAUUGUUUCUUACAGAAUGGGCUCAGUGUCUCUUUUAGCCCAGUGUGAACUAGUGCUUUUAAAUACAUCUGAUGAAUACAGUGUGCAUUUUGCAUUAAUUGCAUUAAAUGCAGAGGUAGGCCAGUGUAAUUAAAGUGAUCCCAAGCAUCACACACAAGCUUAUUACAGUAGUCUCUAUUCAUUUAGCUGUAUUGUUUGAAGAACGCAAAAUCCCUAUGUCUGCUUUUAGGUUUGUAGCACCUCUUUUUUAUUGAUUUUUUAAGGUGUUACUGUCAGGUUCUUUAGUUUAGAAACCAUCCUCACAAUUGUGCUCAUUGAAUGAUGGGGUACAUGGAAUACAGGUAGGCAGGGGAUUCAUAGAAACAGCCAUUUGUUCUCUUCCAACCCAGACCUCCAUCUUCUCACCCCAUAUCAAACUCUACAUUGGUACUCUCAGGAGUUUAACAUGCUGCUUGGAUAAUCUCUGAUUGGUCUGCUUUGAUGUUGACCUUUAUGAAGAUACUGUUCAUGUACUUUACCAAGUUUCAACCUUAACGCAUGCAUAGGAAACUAAUACGAUUAUGAUCAACUUGAAUGACAAAAUAUGACCAGCCAGGGUACACAAUUUUGGAGUCUUAGAUGAAUGUUUUAACUAAAAAUAAGACCUUACAGCAACAAAAUAUUUUCUUAAUCUGAAUUUUUUGUCUUGUUUUACAGUAUAAUUUUUUUUACUUAAAACAAGAUUACAUAUACAGAUAUUAAAGCUUGUUUUAAGAGAUUCUAUAUCUUGAGUUAAGUUUAGUUUUCUUACCACACUGGCAAAGGUUUUUUCUUGCUUUAAGCAAAAAUCUAACAAAAUUCUGUGAAUUUAGGGAGGUGUAUGCUUAUAACUAAACAAACAAACAAAUAAAAAAAACAUUACAAAUAUUAUUGCACCAGUAAGAUAAAGUGUUUAAAUUAGAUUUAUUGAAAUCUGCUUAACUUUAAGUAUAAAAUGAAAAAUUGUAAUUUACCUAACUUGUUAAUUGUUUAAAACCUAUGAAUUUUGUUUCAUUUUUAAGUUUUAAAAGUUCAUAAUUAACAUUUCAUAAUAUGUACACAGUUCAAAGAAUACUCAGUUCAGAUGGGAAUUUGUCAUUCAACUGAAAUGUGUAAAUCUAAUUAAAAAUUUCCCAGUGUAAGAAAAUUUGCUUAAUUCAAGAUAAUCUUAUUUUCUAACACUUUUGCUUCUUGAGUAAAUGUAUACCUUUUUUUUUAUCUGUUUAGAUGCUUACUGGAAAACAAUACUUAACUAAUGAUUAAGAAAACCAUUUUUACUGUGUAGUUUUUAAAAGUAUGCAACUAGUGCAAUGUGUUUACCUCUGCAUAUUAUAGUAAUCUGUGGUAAGAUAUGGUAAUACAUGUAACUGCUACUUUUAUUCUUCUAAAAAAAAAUCAAAUAUGUACUUGUGAACUUUUAGAUUAAUGACAGGUGCUUUGGGACUUUGUAACACCUAAAUCUUUCUCCAAAAGAGGGUGUGGUCACAAUUAAUAACAAAAAAACAUCUGACGUGUUCCUUUUGGCCCUGAUACGGUUGAGAUAAUUUGAGCCUUUUCAAAGAGGACACUACCCCAGCCCACCCCAAAUUCUAUAGGCUUUAAAGAUAAGGGAGUUUAUCUACUAAAAUACACAUUAACAUAAACAUUUAUACUCACAGUUGAUCUCUCUCCAUGUACAUAAUGACCUCAUUAUUGAGGGGGUCACAGCUAAUCAGCUUUUUAAUGGCUGUUGCUUAUCCGAACGAGAUCCCAAGAGGUUCUUAAAGGGUUAGUUCUUAAACGUCCAUGCGUUCACUGGCUUCCUCUAUUCUCUGUGCUUCCAUGUUCGUUACUUCUCAGCGGAGCUUAAUCAUACACAGAACAUACAAUAUCUCAUUAACGUGCGGACGGCCAUAACCGGAAGCCAGUGAUUAUAGUUUAUAAAGUUAAAAAAAACACAUCGCUUUGCUUCAGAAGGCCCCCUGGAGCCGUAUGGAUUACUUUUUUGAUGAAUGGAUGCACUUUUUUGGGCUUCAAAAUCUAAGGUACAAUUCACUCCCAUUAUAAAGCUUGGAAGAGCCAGGAUAUAUAUCUCUGAUUGUGUUUGGCUGAAAGAAGAAAGUCAUAUACACCUAGGAUGGCUUGAGGGUGAGUAGAUUAUGGGAUAAUUACAAUUUUUGGGUGAACUAACCCUUUAAUCUCACUACCUUGUGUGACUUUAUCUUUCAAAUAAUUGUUACGUUUUUACAUUAUUAUUUGCUUUCACUUAUCAUUGGUAUUUAUUGAAAUGUUGCACAUAUUUAUUUAUUUAUUAAAUUUUUUAGGACUCUAUGAGAUUGUUUAUAAGUUGAACACUUGGUGUUGUUUUUUAAACAAGAGACAGGAAAUAGUGGAACAAGUGGAGUUGAUUUGUGAGUGACAGUUUUGUUUGCAAUACGUUUUUUGUUGCGGCUUCUUUUUGCCAAGGUUGAUGAUUGGCAUAACUGCAGCCUCUGCGGUGCCUGUUUCUGGUGACCACGCUGUUGACACACAGCUGACAGAGAAUAUAUAAAGGGCAAUAAAGGGAAUAAAGGGAUGCAAUGGUUGACAGAGGCCUGGCUGACACUCAGUUGACCUGCCUUUUCCAACCCUUCCACACGUCCUUUCUCACAUGUUUUGUGACUGAUCUAUUUCAAGCCUUUUCAUUUUGGUUGUAAAAUGGCAGUCUGUUGAGAGACACACUAAGCAUGUUUACAUGCACACCAGUAUGCUGAAAAAUACCACAAAUCAUUUAGCCUACAUGACAUUUGAAAUAGCCAAAUUAUUAUAGUCUUUGACAUCAAAAUGUAAACAGUCAUUUGAACAACACUUGCGCACAUUGGAUAAGUCGGAAAGUACACUGCAAAAAAAAUAUUUUCUUUAUUAGUAUUUUUGUCUUGUUCUCCAGUAAAAAUAUCAACACAUUGAUAUUUAAAGCAUGAAACAUUUACUUGACAAGCACAAUGGCAUAAGAUAUUUUGUCUUGUUUAGAUAAAUUGAACUAAAUUUAGUGAAGUUAUUGCUUCAAACUAGAAAAAUAAAAUAUUUGCCAAUGGGGUAAGAAAAAUGUACUUACUUCAAAGUGAAAACAAAUGUAUUUUUCUUACCCCAUUGGCAGAUUGUAUUUUUUUUUUUAAGCAUAAAAUUUACUAAAUUUAGUCAGAUUUCUCUGAAAACAAGACUUGAUAUCUAAUGCCAUUUUGCUUGUCAAGUAAAUAUAUAUAUAGUUUUAAGAACAUUUAGAUCUUUUUACUGAAAACCAUGAAAAAAAUACUAAUUAAGAAAAUUAAGUUUUUGCAAUAAAAGUGUUUACAUGCAGAAUGACAAAGGUAAAAUGGGCAAAAAAGCAUGUGUGCUGAUUGUUAUUGUUUUUUGCUGAAACUGUUUAUGACUUUCCCCAAUAAAGGAACACUGUUUAAGGCAUUUACAUAACCUUACAUGUUGUCAACUUUCAUAAUCAAUGUAAAAUCAUGCGUGUAAAUGUACUCAAUUAAAGAGUUUACGUGCACACCAAUGUACCGAUAACUAUCAAAAAUCACCACCAUAUUAAAAAUACAUUUACAUGAGACAUUUUAACAUAAACAGUCAUGCACACAAAACUUGCACACCUGUAAGAACACUGGUAAAGGUGUUUCCAUGCAAAACAAAAUCUGAGUAAUGGCAAAAAUCUACUUGUGGUGAUCAGCUUUAUUCUUAAACCGUUAAUGACCAUAGCCCGAUAAAGGAAUCUGUUUCAGGCGUUUACAUGACCACACGCAUUGUCGAUUUAUUAAGCAUCAUCAGUAAAAGAUCAUGCAUGCAAAUGCUCUCAAUUGUCUCCAGGAUUGGAUGUUAAAUAUUCUGCACCAGCUCAUUUGCCUGAGUUCAGUAGUAGCCCUUUGUAUGGUUGCUUUGAAGUCUCUUCAUUUACUAGCAGAACACAUGUUACAGUAUUUACAUUCACCAUUCACCUUUUAAGAAGAGAACAGCUUUUACACACUUGCAAAGAUCUGAAAGGAAUUCCAUCACUGAGCUUUUCAUCUUUUGUGCCUCCAAUGAUAAUGUAAACCAGAACUAUUUCAGGUGAAAAAAGAGAGAAUUAUGAUUAAAUAGUUUGCUAAGGUAUUGCAUAGUAUUUGAGGACUAUUAUAUGAAACUGUUGGAGAUAUUGUAUUAAUCUUGUAUAAAUACUAUCAUUUUCUCAUUAAACCAAAGCCUUUUUCCUCUUUGUAUGGAAUGAGAGUUUAAGCAUUUGGGAUGAACCUUUCUUUUUUUUUCACCCAAUAGAACCCAAAAUAUAAAGAUAAGAAUUAAUGCACUUACCCAAAUGUAUUCUGUAUAAACAGCAUAUAAUUCAAUAUGUCAAAAUCAUCUGUCAGAAGGGUUUAACUUCUUUUGAUGCUGCUUGGCUCUAAUUGCGCAUGUUUACACUGUUCCUACGAAAACAAGCCAGGGCAAGCUAACGUGUGGAAGAGGCAAGAUAUGCAAAAAAGGUUUAUGUCUUUUAGCGAUGAAUCACAUCAGUAAUCGAUAGUACAAAAGACUACAGUUAGUUUAAGUUGUAUUUUGAGCUAAUAUCAAAGACAUGUUAACACAGGCUAAUUGCAAGUAUAUUAACAGAUGUUUAUUGUGCAUCUAUAUGGACUAUAUGUGGGCUGUGUGUAUAUGCCUGCUGCCUUCCUUAUGUGACCAAAGCAGGGUUGUUUUUCCAAGUCAAUGAGGCACUGGUACUACUGUGAGAAUUUUGCUUUAUUACCAGAUAAAUCUGGUGAAGUGGUUCAAUCUGAUUUACACUGUAAAUUCAAACCAUUUGCAAGGCCAUUUUCCAUGAAUAGUGCUAUUCUUGUUCUAUGAAAGAGUUUUAUUAGCUUACCACAUCCAGCGUGUUGGCAGAUUACGUUCACCCUUCAGCUUGCUUUUUAUUCUAAAUGUCUGGCACUUUUAAUGUUAAGCUAAUAGAAUAAAUCAGAAUAAAUCAAA